AUGCAGUUUCCUUUAACCUUGGAAUUCCCAUUGAUGCUUUAUUCUGAGGUGUCAGAAAAUCAAGGACAAUGGUUAGAAACAAAUCAAUUGGUCAUACGGAUUCCCAAGAGUUGGGAUUUGGAUGGGAAUGUCAAUGAUUACUAAGUUUUCGGAAUGGGCAUAGGAGCAGAAGAAUACCGCGAAAGUGAGAUCAAUGAUGUUCAAUACAUUGUGGCCGAUCACGCAACCGAUUUGCAUUACUGUGCGACAUUCGCCUAUUUUACUAAAAAACCUUUCCUGCUUUAAGUUCCUCAAUUCAAUGUGAAGUCGUAUGAAUAUAUCUUCUUCAAAAAGAAGGAUCCCCAAGAUAACCUUCUACUGGACAUCAUAGGAUUGUCCAAAAGAGAAAGUGAACUUGAUCGCAAAAUAUCCUUUAUCCUGCAGCGAUUAUUAUAUGAAUCCAGGUACUCCGAAAUCGGAAUUAGGAAGCAGGUGGAAGAUGCUCUGGAAACUAUAUUUUAUAAGUCCCUCAAGAAAAUGAUUCAAUUACUUGGAAGAAAACAUCAUAUAGAAUAUGAAUCCAUGUAUGAAUUAACUAGAAAAGUAGUGCGUUGUAAAGAUUUAAAAUUGCACUCCUAGGAAAUAGUUUCAAUUGUAUACAAAACCUUUAUCAGUGCCAGUCUCUUCCCCUUCUAUUGUGAAAUCAACACUAUGAAUGACAGCUACAUUAAAUUAAAACUGCUGAGUUUAUUCACCAAUUCCGAAAUCUUGCCUUGGUCUCCCAAAUUUCAUGCCUCCCUUGGUAUUUUAUCAUCCCCUAUCCUUUUAGCUCUCGGCAACUAUCACUACAGUUUCACUCCUAACGACCUGUUCAAUUUGAGAACCCUCAACACUCGUACAUUCUAUAAAGAUUACCAAUACAUCAGACUGAGGAUCUUGGAUUUCUUCCCCCUCGAUUCUUGGAUUGAAGAAGUUUCCAAUUUCUUUAUUCAAAACCUAGAAACCAUGCUCAACUAUAUUCAGACUAAGAUGCCCUAACAACAGAGUCAAUCAUCCUUCAGAAAAUACUCCUAUGAUUCCAAGUCCAAUUCCAGCAGUUCCAUUCUGGAUCUAAAAGAACCACUAAUGAGAGAAGAACAAAAAGAAACUGAACUGAUUCAAGACUCCUGCAAUAGCAGUCAAUAAAGCUUCAAUGUAUUGACUAACUGUUCUGAACUCUUCAAAUUGUUACUCAAAAAUUCUAUAAGGAAAAUUGAGAAUGUUCGAGAAGUCUUUGGUAUUGUAAUCCAUACUCCCCUCAUCAUUUAAGUCAAAAAUCGAAUUGCUAAUGAAUUCUACGUAAACUAUGCCUCUGAAAUCAACAGAAAUGGAAUCUUGAGUUAAUUCUGUUCUAUCAUCACUGAAACUGAACUCAGAAGCUAUUCAACUUGUGCAAAUAAUUGCUAAACGCCCGUAGCUGCCUUUAUCUAUCAUUUGUGUGAUACUUUUAGACCUUACUAAGAAAUGUUAUGUGAGAAGAGUCACUUCCUGAGAUCACUUUAGCAAUGUGGAUUCAAUAUCCGCAAUAUUAAGCACAAUUAAUUUGCUUCUAAGAGUAGUUUUAUUGACAUAGACAACAAAUUGUUGGGUUAAUAUCUGACUACCUAUUGUAAAUUUGCAUCUGUUAAUGAGUUUUAAUUGCUGGGGGAAUUGUUCAUUCAACCAGCUAUUUUAGAGUGCAGUUUAGAUUACUUUGGCUUUUACAGUGAUGAACUGUCUGCAUAGUUUCUAACAUGCAUCCAAAAGAUAGACUUUAAUCCUGAAGAAUUUUAACAAAUAGAAAGGAAGUAUCGACCUUAUCGCUUUUCCAAUUCCUAUUUAUUUAACGAUAGUGAAGCCAGGGAAUUCGUAGAGGCAUUCGAUAGCUGUUCUAGAACUACAAUUUAUUCGCAAGAAAACUAGAAGGAUGAGAAUUUAGUUGAAUUUUUGUAAAAAUUCUAAAAUGGCAAUCAUAAAUAAUAUGCUAAAUCUAAAUUCAAUCUGCAUUAUUUGCUGUAGUUCUUCUAGAAUCAGUUGAUCAAACUAAAAUAGGAGGGCUUAAAGUAGGUAAAAACAAAACAUAGGAUUCAAAAUUAUUUAGAUACAGUCUACUUUUUUUAUUUCAAUUCUAUUCGCUUGUAGAUCGUUUAAAAGCAGCGUCAAAAUACUUUAAGUUUAAUUGGAUUUGUGAUUGCUAAGGAUCUAAAUUAGCUCCAUUCAACCUAGCCCUAAAAUAUAGAAAUUUAAAUAUGA